GUGACGGGCUUCCUUACCUGGGAAUCUUUCUUCAGAAAGAAAUGUCUGUUGCCCAACAGAUAAGAUAUCUUGGAACGAAACUCCCACCGGCAUCAGCUACAAUAGCCAAGGAUGAUGGGAGCCACAGCAUAAAAACACUUGGAGGGCGCCAGCUGCUGACUGGGCUAUGGGACAUUUGCAAUAAUGGGAAGGAGCUACUUUGUGGAAGAAGCGGUUGGGCAGUAUCUGUCGGAGCUCUCCACCAACUCGCAAGCCCUUCUCACCGGCCUCUUGGUAGGGCAGCUACUUCCUUCCUUCCCUAUUUCUAGUGUUCCCAGCAAAGAGACUAUGUUGUCCUAGCCAUUCGAACACCUCAAAAAGAGGAGGAAAGUAAAAGCAAUACAAGUCGUCGUUCAGAUUUGUCUAAUAUUGAUGAAGAAUGGAUCGCAGCACACGCCAAUCAGGUGUCACGAAUGCUUCCCGGGGGAUUGCUAGUCCUUGGUGUCUUUACUGUUGCAGCUCCAGAGCUGGCAAAAGAAAUCCAAAAUACCCUAAGGAAGCUUGUGUUUUCAGUAGAAAAAUCUGUAGCUAGAAAGAGGUUGUGGAAGAUCUCAGAAGAAGAUGUGUCUGACAGAGUGGCUCUUCAUCUUUGCUCCACUACAAAGAAAAUGCUUUGCCGCACUUACGACGUACAAGAUCCAAAGAGUACGGCCAAGCCGGCAGACUGGAAAUAUCAGCAUGGCCUUGCCACAUCAUGGUUAUCGUUAGAAUGCACAAUUAAUGCUAAUAUACACAUCCCACUACCAGUGACCUUGGCCAGCCACGACUUAGAGAAAAACACAAGGAAUGGAUUAGCACGAUGGGCCAAACAGAUAGAGGAAGCUGUAUUUCUGAUCAAUGGUCAAGUUAGAGAGGAAGAUGCUGACUUACUGGAAGGGCAGAAAAAGUCUGCAAGAGGAAACACGCCAUCAGCUACUCAGAGCCUUGAUGUGAGGGUUUUAAUGCAAUUGUCACGUAGUUCAAACACCAGAUCCACAGCAACAGUCCAGAUAUGCAGCGGCUCCAUAAAUCUUAAAGGUGCUUUAAAAUGCAAAGCUUACAUCCAUAAUAACAAGCCCAGAGUUAAAGAUGCUGUUAAGGCCUUGAAGAGAGAUAUAAUAAACACUCUCUCUGAUCGUUGUGAAAUGUUAUUUGAAGAUCUGCUACUAAAUGAAACACCAGGAAAGAAAAAUUCUGACAGGGAGUACCACACCUUGCCUUGCAGAGUGUUUGCUCCCAUUGUUGGGUCCAGCAUGUUGCUGUGUGACUAUAAGUUUGGAGACGAGACAGCCCGGGAAAUCCAAGAGCGCUUCCUUGAGAUGCUGGAUCAAGCUGUUCAACCAGAGGAUUUGCAGACAGCUGAGGAAAUGAAUACGGUUGAAGUAACCCCCCUGAAGGAAUUCCAAAAUGUUGUGCAAGAGAAACGGUUGACUAAAGAAGUGCUUCUGUUGAAGCUUCAUCAAAAUAUAGGAGUGGUGAUAGCAGUGGCUGUUGCAAUAUCCGCAGCAGCUUUCUCCUUCAACUAUUUCAGUGACUAGGCUUCAGAUACUAAGAGCCAACCUGGAAACUCCAGCCAUCCCAGAUGCCCUCAAAAGAUGCACGCUUCCAGAACUGAUUGCUUUAACAACCAAGUGUGUCACCUAACAAUACCAGUUAGCAGAAGCUAUCCUUAUUUAGAACAGCUAUCCUGUUUCUGCAUGCCAUAGUGUAGGUGGUAUGUUUUUUAAGAGGGUGUGUGUGGGGGGGAAACCAACACUAUCAUAUGGCAGAUUAAUACGACAUUACUUUCCCAAGUUCACAAAGAAUUUGUCAAAUGUCUACUUACCUUUCUGCUUACUAAUUAAAAGGACCAUUGUUAAAAGUUGUUAUUUUGUGUUUUUCUAGAAAUGCUGAAGUUGUGUGGGAUUGUGCAAAGUUUGUUUUCUUAUUUAAACUGUCCAACACUUUAAAAAAUACCUUAAGAGUCCUGAGUUCUCCCCCUCUCCCUAUUACUGUGAUCAUCACUUAGGAGUCUAGGAGAGGGUUUGGGACUCAUUCCUGCCUUGGCAAUCUCCUGGGGCUGCAUGCCAAUGGUGUGCAGGGUCAAAUGCAAAAGGGGCCAGAAUAAUGGGUGUGACUUUUAGCUGUAUACAACAGGCUACAUUCCAGCUAGAUGCAGUUUCAUUAGUAUAAGAAAAGGUAGCUGGGCCCUUUCCUUUUUCGUAGACACGCGGCCCUCCUUAUUUCCUUAAACCGCAGCAGCUAAGCAGCAGCCUAUGGAGGUGUUGCGUUGCCACUUAGCGAUUUAAUAUCCCAGUCUAUUUUGUAAGCGAGAGCUGCAGUCAUCACUUGGCCCUCCGGCUUGUAAAACCUUCCCUUGCGUGAUUACUCUUCUUGCAGCACGCAACAGGAAAAAAACAUCCACAAAUGAGAGAUCGUGUUCAAAGGGAUUCUGAAUUUAUAGGAUGAUCGUGCCUGUUAUCUGGGGGAUAUAUUUAAUAUCUAACAGGAAACCUCAGAAGUAAUUAUGUCUUACAUGCUAUUUUAGGAAACUAGCAGUUAAAAGAGAAACGGGGAAAGCCCGGGAAUGCAGCAGUUGGAGCCACCGAAGGCUGAUUCAUCAGAGGUGUGUCCUCCUGAGGGAAGUGUAGAGCUUGUAACGCUUCCCCCUCUGUCGUGAGUUGUGUGCCAGCCCUUCACUCGGAGUAUUAGUUAGAACUUGACUUGAAUGAUAUCCACCUGUUUAAUUCUCAGUCCAUCAGUUGUCUCCUUUGCCAGGCGUUCUUAGGCACAUGCUGCCCACUGUGUGGUUAUGGCUCUACAAAGCCAGAUGGUUUUUAAUAACACCGUGCCUAAUGGGAUUUACACACCUUCUUUUUACGCUUGGAAACAGGACACGGAGAAGGUGGGAUAGCCUAGGGUGGAACACCUGGUUUAUAACGUAACACAUUCAAGUUGAAGUUCAGGGGCUUUUUUUCCCCUUCUCCUUUUAUGAACAAAGGGCAGGAAAGGCCUAGCCCUGCUUUUUAUGUGUGUUUCCAUGCUGCUGGGUAAAGUGAAUUAAGACACCUGUGAGGGGUGUGCCUCGAGGGGGAACCCCUUUGAGAAGGUGGACAAGGAAGGGCAAGUCCUUGCUUGCCUCAUCUGUGUGGGCUUCCUGCACAGCUCAGUAGCUGAGUGCAAUGGAACUGAAAGUGUUCCCAUCGAGAGUAGAGGAGGAUUUCCCUGAUGUGGUGCCAAAAGGUUUUUGCGACCUCCAAAAUAUAUAUUUGCAAAAUCAUUUUUAUUGAUUUUCCAAAUAUAAAUUUAUAACAUUCCAAAUUCAUAUCGAUACACAGAGAUUACUCUGAAUCUCGAGACUCCCCCCCCCCAAUCCCCUCCAUGGGUCCUUUUGUCAAUAUUUACAACUGCAUAUAAUUCCAUAGUCUAUAUUUUAAAUCAAUCCAUAUUAUCCAUAGUAUUUCUUGCAUUACAAGUGUUAUUAAAAUCCUGCUAAUGUUUCCAUCUGCUUGCAGUGGUCUAGAUAAAUUACAAUCCCCCCCAUUCUUUUUAAAAGUUUUUGUCCUCUUGGUUCCCAGUGGUUCACUUUGGUGAUAUUACGCCGAAAUGUAUCUUGCGACCCUGCCAUGCCCUCCCAAUUUUUGCUUUUUUUAAAGAAAAUACAUGAGUUUGUGCGUGUGUGUGAUACAAUUUUACUGAUCUGUGUUUCCCCUCCUGUGAUGUCAGCAGGUUUUUGUGACCCUGGACCCCUAAAAUACAUUCUUAUUAAAUUAAAUAAGAAUUAUAAAUGUGUCGUAAUCACUUUUACACUCAAAAUUAGGCAUGCAGCUCAUGAAUUGGUCCUGUGUUGAUGAGGCCCUCAGCCCAAAAUAAGUUUGCCACCCCUAUUUUGCUUGGUGGAUCUCAUAUGAGUGAGUGUUCAUUCUAACAUUACUGAAUGGCCUAGACUAGAGGCCUGAUUUAGGCUUUAUGAUACAUCAAGUCUGAAUUAUCCACAAUGUCAGACUACGGUACUAAAACAUGGAUGGUGGCAGCACUGUCUGUAUAUGAAGACACAAGGGGCACUUUUCAGUGGUCCUACCUUGCAAGACAGUCAGAAACUAGAAAGUGCAUAAGCUUUGAUGCUAGAACUUAAGUAUACAUCUAGGCACGUGCCACCAUUUGGCAAAAGCACAGGAGGAUUCAGUGUUGAAGCUGAAGCAGAUUUGGGGGGUGGACUGUAGAAGCAUGUUAAUUUUGCAUGAUUUUAGCUUUCCUUGAGACAAUUCAGGUUACUUUGGUGCAGAACAUUUGGGGUUUAUUAGCACAUGCACACACUCUGCUGCCUCUUCAUCCCUAUUACCUUCUAGAAGGUGAUCGUAUUCGUUAUUUCAGUAAAAAAUACUGGCAAACUCGAGACCUUGGGUGUGGUCCCUUUAUUGCAUAUUUUGCAUUUAUUUGUCUGUGCCUUCAGGGCUCCCAGCUGCACUUGCAUUGGCUGUUUAUUGGCCAGGUAUGCCUUUUACUCUUUAAAGAUUCACAACCAAGAUCAGCAUUAGUGCUGGAUGAUUUAGUAGUUUUCCUGCUGUUUCUCCAGGAUCGAAAUGAAUUUGACUGCCAAAUUUUUAAGAACAGUUACUGAGGAUUGAUGGCAUUCACUCAGUCCUGCCUCUUGUGCAACCAUGUGUGCCGGGGCAGAGCAAAGGGGAGCAAAAUAAAGGCGUCUGCACACCAUAAGCCUCUUUAUGCUGAUCAGCAAGGAAACUGACUUGGAGGACUUGGUUGGAGUAGCUGAUUACUCUGGCCUAAUGGCGGAAGGAGACUCUUCUUUAGCCAAUGUGCCUCUUCCCCAAAUCUCUCCUAUUCAAUUUAGCACACAAGUUAAGUCCAAACUUGUCAUUUCUCCGUUCACUGGUUCAGUAUCUGCUGUGGGGGGAAAUUCUAAGCAAUGAGUGAAGUUAGGGAUUUCAAGCAGGCUCUGUAGCUCAGUGGCAGAGCUUGUGUCCUUUAUGCAAAAGGCCCCAUGUUGAAUUCCUGGCAUCUCUAGGUAGGGAUGGGAGAAACCUGUAUGAAACCCAUGGCUAACUCAAAAGAGACUUGGUAUAGCCAAACUCUGUGACCAUUUUGGGGGUUCCAGGUGAGUAUUGCCAUCCACUGCAGUUUGUAUGUGCAUUUUCCAUGCUGCCUGAAGGCACUGGUGUUGAGAAAGAUGUGGAAAAGCCUUUGAAAGAAAAAAUGGAACAAAACCUUGUGGAUGGGGCUUCCUCAUGGCUUGCAAAAGGAUAAGCUAUUGGGG